AUGACGUCUGGAACGACGAAGGAUGAUACCGAGAGAGAAGGGUCCAGUUUCGGUUAUUCCUUGGCUCAGUUCCCACCGACCUGUGAGCUUGGUGCGGGCGCUUUUGGAGUAGUGCUGAAGUGUAUGAAUGCCGAAAACGGCAACGUAUAUGCCAUGAAGGUGAUUGAAAAGGCUCGGGUUAUGGAGAAGAGCAUGGGGGAGCAGGUAAAGCGGGAGGUCCUGACACAGCUGAAAGUCAAGCACCGAAACCUGGUCAAACUGCACUACUACUUCGAAGAUGCUGCCAAGAUAUAUUGCCUCUUGGAGUUUGCGGACAGGGGACAACUAUUUGCAUAUUUGAAGGCUGGGCCGCUCUCUGAGCCGCAAGCUGCCAGCUUCUUCCUUGACACUGCCCGCGGCAUUGACUAUCUGCAUAAUCUCCGCAUUGCGCACAGGGACUUGAAGCCCGAGAACGUGCUCCUCUUUGGUGAUGAGCUGCUGGCCAAAGUUGGUGAUUUCGGUUGGUGCGUCGAGCUCGCAGAUGGCCAGAGACUGACUUUCUGCGGGACUCUGGAAUAUGUUUCACCGGAGAUGUUGUGCGGUGAGCCACAUGACGAAGGCGUAGACUUGUGGGCUCUUGGAGUUCUCCUCUAUGAGAUGCUGCUGUCUGAAACUCCAUUUCGAGCAGGAUCCAAGAAAGGGUUGAUGGAUAAGAUUUGUGACGUCGAUUUUCGGAUAUCCCCGGGAUGUAUAUCCCCAGGCCCAGAGGAACUUAUCCGCAGCUUGCUUGUACGAUGCAGCCAAGACAGAAUGCCGCUGAAGACUGUGUUGGAGCACGAGUGGUGCCUACCAGUUUGUACAGUGCCGGACGUCAGGCUGGAAGAGACGCGAACAGAGCUUGCAAUUGGUGACUUGCCACGGCCGAAGGCACGCAGUCGAAAAGGUGGCAAGGAUCUCUGGAAGCUCAAGGCCAACAAUCCCGAGCUUUUCGCAAAGCAGGGUGCUGGACCAGAUGCAGUGCCUUCUGGUUUCGAAGAAACAGAAAAAGCCGGUUGGUAUUACAAUCGAGCAGACAAGAUAUUCUGGGUGCAGAGCACCAAGCAGCUGUUGUGGUUUGAUGAAGAAUCCGGUGAGCACAAGGAGCUCUACGAAGGGCAGAUAUUCCCGCUUGCUUUCAGUGGUGGAGCUGCUUCAAGCUCAGAGGCCUCGGGAUCUGCGAGAAGUCAACUGAAGACGGUGGUCAUUCCAGAUUUGCACCGGGUGGCGUCAGCAUUGAAGACGGACCUGGCUCAUAUCGACAGACCGGCUGCAAUGCUCGGUGUCUUUGGAGGUGGUGAGAUGGCUGCCAGAGCCUUCCCAGAAAAACUCGUGAAGCGACUAGGAGCAUCGCGUAGCUGCUGGUCGGAAGAGGAUCUGCGCAACGCAGUGGAGAGUAUAGUUAAAGAAGCCGCUGGCGAAAGCACUGCGUCAGUGGUCGUCAUGGUGGGUUGCCGGGCCACGGCAGUUGCCACCGAAGGGGCUGCAUUUCGGCUCACGACACGGCUGCAACAGGGCACCUGUCUACAGCCACCCUCCUCGGCGGCUUCUUCUGCAACGUCAAAAGCUAGCCUAUCCGUGAAAGAUGGGCAGUGUCUUUUUGCUGCUUGCAGUGUUGGUGGUCGGGGGAAGACAGGGCUAUUGGGCGAGGAGGCCUUUGAGAAAACGCUUGCGUUGCAGCUGGUCAAAGGCUGGGCGCGCACAGGUGCGAUCAGCCUUCUGCGAUCUGCCAGACAGUCUGGGCUUACGGAACCUUUAGCUGUCGUAUGUGCCCGCAUAAUACCGACCGAGGGUCCGUCGAGCGAGUUGCCUGCGAAACGUUUGAAGACCUCUUCGACAAGCCCCAUUUUCAGUGCGGGUACCACGGGCACAUCUGGACAAAAUGGUGGCAAAGCUGACCAGGUGCGGCUGAGACAGAUUCUCCUCAGAGUGGUUGCAUCUGGCCCACCCGUCAUGGAUCCUGUUCGUCGGAAACAGGUGAAGCGCUCGCAAGAGGAAGCUGAAGCGGACAUGCUAAAGAUCCUGCAAAGCCUUGAGGCUGACAGCAUGAAGAGCUUUCAGAAAGUUUGCCGAGAGAUGUCUGAGUGCCAAUCGGCUCUCAAAGGCGGAGAGCUUGCUGGGGACAUGGGUUGGCUGGACCGUGUCAAGGGUAUUGGCAUCCAGCAAGAUCGCGCGAAGCAAGGCGUGCGGCCACAAGUUCCACCAGCAGUAUUGAAGGCUGCUUUCGAGCUUGCCGUCGGAGAGGUGCAUGAUCUGGUAACGACAGAAGUUGGCGUGCACCUGUUGCAGCGUACUGCCUAG